CGCAGCCCAGCAGCGUGUGCCCUCACCCUUGCCCUCCCCGCAGGGAUGGUGGUGGGAUCCUCGUGGGGCGCGUCUCCGCCGCCCCCCGCCAUGCCCGCCGCCCUUCGCCUGCUCUGUGGGGUGGUGGUGCCGGCUGCCAUGCUCUGCGCAGAGCCCCUGCCCCGCGUCACCUUCCCCAGCGGGGACCCCCGGCGGACCCUCACCCACUUCAGCCAGGAUAACGUCUCCCAUUACAACAUCUUCCUCCUGGAUGAGAGCAAGGACGAGCUGUAUGUGGGGGCACGCGACUGGGUGCUGGCCCUCACUGUUGGCACCCCUGGCAGCAUCCGUGCCAAAGCCUCGAUAAUGUGGGGACCCACAGCCAAGAAAACCUCCGAAUGUGCUUUUAAGAAGAAGAGCCAAGAGACUGAGUGCUUCAACUUCAUCCGAGUCCUGGUGGCCCUCAACCAGACCCACCUCUACGUCUGUGGCACCUACGCCUUCAGCCCUGCAUGCACCUACAUUCACCUGGAAAACUUCACACUGGUGUCCAGUGGCAGAGGACAACCCUUCCUGGAUGGGAAGGGCCAGUGCCCCUUUGAUCCCCAGCACACCUACACAGCCCUGCUGGUGGAUGGAGAGCUCUAUGCUGGCACCAUGAACAACUUCCAGGGCAACGAGCCCAUCAUCACCCGCUCACUGGGCACCCGCACCCUGCUCAAGACAGAUGCCUUCCUCCGCUGGCUCUCAGCCGAUGCCGCCUUCGUGGCCUCCUUCAGCAUACCUGGGGACGACAAGGUCUACUUCUUCUUCGAGGAGACAGCGGACGAGUUCGACUUCUUUGAGCGGCUCCUGGUGCCGCGGGUGGCCCGCGUCUGCAAGAGCGAUGUAGGGGGGGACAAGGUUCUGCAGAAGAAAUGGACAACUUUCCUGAAGGCACAGCUGGUGUGCUCCCAGGCUGGCCACUUCCCCUUCAACGUCAUCCACCACGCCUUUGCCCUGCCCCACCACAACGGCCGCUCUGACUUCUACGCCGUCUUCACAUCACAGUGGCAGGCAGGCAGGGCGGGCAGCGCCGCCGUCUGUGCCUACAGCCAGGAGGAUCUGGAGAAAGUCUUCGAGGGCAAGUACAAGGAGCUGAACAAGGAGAGCUCUCGCUGGACCGUCUACAGUGGCCCUGACAUGAGUCCCCGGCCUGGCAGCUGCUCCAUGGGUCCCUCCUCCGACAAAGCCCUCACCUUCAUGAAGGACCAUUUCCUAAUGGAUGGAAAGGUGUCACCCAUCCAGGGGCAGCCUCUCCUGGUGAGUUCGAAUGUCAUCUACACGCGCAUCGCAGUAGAUGAGACUCGUGGCGUCUUGGGGACCAUGUAUCGUGUCAUGUUCCUGGCCACAGCCGAAGGUCUCCUGCACAAGGCAGUGGAGCUGCCUGAGGGACCCCACAUUGUGGAGAGCAUCCAGCUCUUUGCAGUGCCAGAGCCAGUGAAGAACCUGCUGCUGGCCCCAGGGAAGGGCUUCCUCUAUGUGGGCUACUCCAGAGGCGUCCUGCAGAUCCCACUGGCCAACUGCAGCCUGCACCGGAGCUGUGCCGAGUGCGUGCUGGCACGGGAUCCUUACUGUGCCUGGCACAGCCCCAGGGGUUCCUGCCGGCCCUCCCGCUUGGCCACCGAGGACACGAGUGCAUGGCUGCAGGACGUUGAGAGAGGGAACCCGGUCACCACGUGCCACCGUGGGAGGAGUGCAGCCGUGCCCCGAUCCUGGGGGCCCCUAGAGGAUGCUGCCAUACAGGGGCUCAGCCCCCAGCUGAACACCGUGGUCCAUCUGCUGUGCCCUCGCCACUCUGCACUGGCCACCUACAGCUGGCAGCAGCCCAGCAGUGCCUGGGGGCACACGGUGCUGCUGCCUGACCACACGCUGGUGGUCAUCAUGCAGCAGGGAAUGGCCGGCACCUACAAGUGCCAGGCCACAGAGAACGGCUACACCUGGACCGUGGCUCACUACCAGCUCAGGGACUCUGGCAGGGGGGCACUGGGGGAUGGGCUGGAUGAGGAGUUGGCCUGGGGGUCCUCGGGCCCUGGCAGUCCCCGGUCAUACUGGCCACAGUUUGUCACGGUGACAGUGCUGCUGGCGCUGACACUGACUGUGGCUGCCUGCCUGGCCCUCCUCGCCUACCGUGACCAGCUCAAAGCUCGAAGCAAGGUGCGGGGCUGCAGCACACCCCACAGCCCCCCAUCCCGCCACCGGGAGAAGGUGCCCCUCAAUGGGGGCCCCAGAGAGCCCCCAGCACCUGGAGCUGCCACCGAGGAGGAGGAGGAGGAGGAUGUCGGCUCCCAUGCUUGCUGCCUCCAGCUUGAUGGGGACAUCGAUGUUGACAAUAACCGACUCCAUGUGCCAGCAGGGGACACGGCGUGACACUGCCAGCGGGUCAGGGAGACCCUGGGGAGGGGUGUGAAUGUGAAAGGGUUUUUGUUUUAUUUAAUACACCUGUUUUAACCUAAGGUUCACAUUCUGGGGCAGCGGGUGGAACGGGCCCUGGGAGCAGCGGGGAUGGGAUGGGGCAAGGGAGUGGGAUGGGGAGAGAGUGGAGGGCGAAAGAAGGUCAUGGGGACAGGCAAAUGAUAUGUCACAGAGGAGAAAUGUGGCUGUAGGGUAAGGAUGUAGGGUGAGGAUGGCUGGAAAUGGUAGAUGCUGACACUGGUAUUAAAGUCAUGAAAAAAUCCCAGGUUUCAUGAAAGCCUCAACAUGGGGCAAGCUGUGCUCAAUGAGCUCCACAAGCCAACUCCAGGGGCACUCACCCUGCACUGUCACCGCCCCUCAACGCUGCAUGACCCCGACCCUUGGGUCCCCGGGGUGGCAGAGCCCCCCACUUCUCCCUAGCUGUCCCCCCACCCCCCAUCCGAUUUCCGAUGUCUUUGAUCUGCCUUUUGAAAGUCAAACCAGCUGUAAA